AUGGACAACUGCAGUACGCCUUGGACAGCUGGCACGCAAGCGGAGGAGGUAUCCGGCGUCGCCGUCGCUGCCGGCGCCGGCGUUGGAGCCGCCGCUGGCGACGGUGUGACAACGGCGGAUGGCGCCGGCGACGGGGUGCCGGCUGCUGCUGCUGUCGCUCGGUCCUCUUCGGCCUUCGACGGCGUCGGCUUCGAUGGUGCCGUGACGGUGGUGUUGGCAGCUGGGGGGCUGGCAGCCGCCAGCGCCGUGGUGUUAGAAGCGGCAGGAGCGGGUACGGCGGCGGGAGUGGUGGCGGGAGCGGCGGCGGGAGUGGCGGCGGGGGUUGCGGCGGGGGUUGCGGCGGGGGUUGCGGCGGGGGUUGCGGCGGGGGUUGCGGCGGGGGUUGCGGCGGGAGCGGCGGCGGGAGCGGCGGCGGGAGCGGCGGCGGGAGCGGCGGCGGGAGCGGCGGCAUCCGUUGCCGCUGGGGUAGCAACGGCCGGGGUCACGGCGGCGGCGGCGGUGCCGGCAGGGUCGCUAGCCGCUCUGGCGAUGUCAGCGCGGUUCGUGGCACUUGCUGCGGGGCUAGCAGCCGCUGGGGUUGCGGUGGGCGCGGCGGCGGCGGCGGCGGCGGCCGCGUCUGGCGCUCUCUCGUUCGCCGCUGCGGGAGCAGCGGGAGCGGCCGUGGAGACGUUGGCGGCUGGCGUCGCCGUCGCCGCCGGCUCUGCGGCGCGCUGCUGCUGCUGCUGCUGCUGCAUGAGGGCGAUGCUUGUGAGGGCGGUCGUCAGGUCGAUAGAAGCACCGGCGGCGGAGGGUGUGAGGGCGGCGACGGCGGCACUAUCCAGCGGCGUCGAUGCGAAGGAGGUGUUCCGGGCCCAGGAUUGGAUGAUAUCGGUGGCGGCGUCGGAAAAGUAUCGGCGUUGGUCCGCGGGCAACCCCAGGAUGGCGGAGGUCACCUCGCCCACAGUUGUUGGCUACGGGGCAGGAGUAAUGGAUUUGGAGUUCGCGGGGGGAACAAGGAGGGUGGUUAUUUAUGAAGCAUUAGCUAGGCGCACUGCGCAGAAGAGGACUCGAACACCGGACACACAAAUUAAAGUUUUUCCUCCACAUUUAAAUUAA